AUGAGCCUCCCCAAUGUGAAAUUGUAUUAUAGAGCAGCGGUCUUAGCCGGUCUCUUCCCCAUUCAUCAACGCACGUCUCUCCCUCAAUGGGUUUCUUUAGAGCAACACUGGUUGCAAACCCAAGACAUCCAAACAACACUAUGGAUGCUACCCCAUCAGAGGGCGAACACCACGAAAGCACUCCCCGCCACUUUAACAACACUAAAAAUCUGGGAUAACACCCGCAGACUCCUGUGCAGCUGCCACCCAACCCCCCUUUCAACCCCAAUUAAAACUCUGGUGCAAACGAUACCUGACUUUAACUACAGAGUGUGGAACAGAUGUGGGGUAUUUUAUAUUCACUCCCUAUUAGAAAAAGGCGAACUGGCCACAUUCGACCAACUGAAAACCAAAUAUACAUUGCCGAACACAGCAUACUACUCCUAUCUUCAGCUGCACUCCUGGUGGAAAACCCAUGUCCCACGUCCCAUAUCGCCUACCACUACUAUCUUUGAAAAAAGUAUAAUAGCAGAUACGCCAGUGGUAAAGCCCAUUUCAACCAUAUACAAACUACUACAGCCCCAUCAAGGGAUUAAAUCCCUUACCUGUGUACGCUCCUGGGAAAAAGACCUAGACCAAACACUAUCAGAGCAGACCUGGCUGGCCGCAGCGAAUGCGACCAGAGGCCUGACAUUCUGUGCCUCACACUUAGAGACGACCCGUAAACUAUUCUACCGUUGGUACAUGGUCCCAACACGCCUAGCCACCAUGGACCCACAGAAGUCUAGCACCUGUUGGCGUUGCAAACAGGAAACAGGCACUUUUUUACACACCUGGUGGAAUUGUACAAAGCUACAGCCAUACUGGAAAGAGGUUAUCUUAUUAAUACACCAACACACCUCAAUUAUGAUACCAAACUCCCCAACGUCUUUGCUACUAUUUAUGUUGGGAACCGACUACCCGAAACAGAUUAAAUACCUUAUACUCCACAUACUGGUAGCUGCCCAAAGCCUUAUUGCAAAAAACUGGUUAUCGACUACUAACGCAACAAUGCGAGAACUGAUCAGACACAUAUCCCAAAUUGGGAAAUUUGAAUCUAGCAUAUCCCACAUACCACCCAAUAAAAGUUGGAGACACAAGGUAUGGGAAAACUGGGAACUGAAACAUCCGACCUGA